AUGAUGUAUAAUGAUCUGAUGUUAUUCUAUUCUUUUUAUUUUUUUGCUAUAUUAUUAUUAUUAACUUAUGGUCAACAAACAAUAAUCUAUGUUAAACGUGGUGAUACAGUUGAAUUAUGUGACAAUCGUACAACAUUUAUUUAUGCUUAUGAAUAUCGUAGUUUUGAUGGUAAAAAAAAUUUAAUUAUUGAACCAACAAGACAUGAACGUUAUUCAAAUCCAUAUGGUACAAGUUUAUUACGAAUAAAUAAUGUUAUUGAAAAUGAUAGUGGUCAAUAUAAAUGUCCACAAGAUGAUAUUGAAUGGCAAAAACUUCAAGUAUAUGUACCCGUUCAACACGUAUACUUGACCAAUAUGCAUACAUCAACUCAUAUGCAUAAUAAUGAAUUUUGUGGAAAUGAAAAUAAUAAUUGUUUAGCUAUGAUUGAGGGUGAACCAUUGGAUAUUAUUUGUGCUGCCGAUGGUUCUCCUCGUCCUGCACUUGAUAUAUCAUUAGAUAAAAAUGGUACAAUACCAACAAUCAUGGCAUUAGCAAAUGGUAUCCAACCACCACCGAUUGUCAAUGAUCAAUUUAAAUCAAGUGUUUAUGAAGCCUAUCGUAUUAUUGGUUUAACACCAUCAGACAAUGGACGUAAUAUAACAUGUCAAGUUGAUAUGAAACAUAUUGAUAAAAAACUUAUUUUAUCAACAACAAAACAACUUUAUAUGGAAUUCCGUCCGAGUGUUGCUGAAAAAUCAAAAAAAAUCUAUUGUGGAAUAAAUCAAACACGUACAGUUAACUGUACUGUUAUACGUGCUAAUCCGAUAUAUAUACGGUAUUCAAUUAAUGGUUUAUCAUCAUCAAUUAUACAUCGAACAUAUGGUGAUCAACAUGAUUUUUAUUAUACAUUUGAUAUAACACCAACAUCAAUUGAACAUUUUCGUCCAUUUAAUGUAACAGCAAAUAAUAGUAUUGGUUUUGAUACAUGUACUUAUGAACUUCUUCAUGGAGGUGUACCCGAUGCAAUAACACAUUGUAAUGUUGAUACAUAUACUUCUAAUGUAACUAUAACAAUAAGUUGUAUAAAAAGUUAUGCACAAGGUGAUAAUGAUGGUUAUGCUUGUACAUUAUUUAAAUAUAAUGAUAAACCAAAUAAAAAAAUGUUUGAAGAAAUAGCUCGAACUAAAUCUUGUAUAUUUGCAUUAGAAAAUUUUCAUGAACCAGUUGAAUUUCGUGUUUCGGCUUUUAAUCGUUAUGGAUCAUUACCAUCUAAUACUCAUGGUUAUAUUAUUCGAUUAAAUGAACCAAUAUUACAAAGAGAAACACCAUUUAUUAAUAGAAGAGUUAUGAUUAUUAUUGCAAGUAUAUUUGGUGGUACAAUUUUCUUAUUUUUUCUUUGUUGUCUUUGUGGAGCAUGUAAUCGUGAUCAAACCAAACUUGUACAUAAAGAUGAUUAUAAUCAUGCAACUAAAUAUCCUCACUCAUCGACCGAGAGUGAAGCAUUGAAACCAUCAACUGACGAUACAAUUGCACAUUUAGUUGCUAAUGGAAAUGAUAAACGUCUUCAUCAGAAUGGAACUGUUUAUGAUACUCCAGCACAAUUAAUAAAUGAUAAAUAUUCUCAUCCAACAUCUGCUUAUCAUCAACAAAAACUUCAACAAUAUACUGAUCGAGAUUCUAGCACAAGUAGUGUUAAUUCAAUACCAAUACGAACACGUACAGUUAAUAAUAAAUUUUAUGAUCAUCCUAUAAUUGAUAAUAAAUAUGGACCAUUAUCACCAACAACUAUGGUUGUACCAACAAUAAAAAAUGAUGAAGAAGAAGGUAAUGAAUCACCUGUUUAUUCAACAACAACUGAUGUUUUAUCAGAAAGUGGUUCAUUUCUUGUUCCAACAUCAUCAUCAUCAAAACGAUAUGUACCACCUCCACCUAAACCACGUUAUUCAACAUUAAGUUCACUUCGUUUACCAAUUGAAAAUCUCGAUAAAAGUCCAUUACCAUUACCUAAACCACGUUCACGUUCAAAUUCUCGUACACGUUUAAAUAAUCCUAAUUCUGAUAAUUCAUCAUUUUUAUAUGAAGAACGUCCUGUUUCAUCAACAGAUUCUGGUAUGGGUCAAUCAGAUGUUGUUUGUUUACCUAAUGGUGAUACUAUACGUUCAGGUCUUGUUAAAUCAAGACAAAAUAGUUUACAAAAACAUUAUAUUACACCAUCUUCUAUUCAACAACAAACAAGAUAUCAAACAUUAACAUCACCAAUUGUUCAUGGUACUGAAUGUUAA